UGGAGCCAUCUGCGUCACCAGCCGGACCUCUGUCUUCUUCGUGCUCCUUUUGAAAGCGAGAGAACAUUUCGUGCGGCCUCCAGCCAGAAAAGAGCGAGGGACUUACGAUGUCCACCAUGGCUUUGCCUUUCGACCAAACUGAAGAGCUGCGGCUCUACCAGCAAACUCUCCUCCAGGACGGGCUCAAAGAUAUGCUCGAUCACGGCAAGUUCCUCGAUUGUGUCUUGAAGACCAAGGGGAAGGAAUUCCCGUGUCAUCGGCUGGUGCUGGCCGCAUGCAGCCCUUAUUUCAGGGCCAUGUUUCUCUCAGACGUGGAGGAAAGCAAGAAAAGGGAAGUCAGUUUGGAGGACGUUGACCCUGAAGUUCUGGGCAAGAUCCUUCACUACAUCUAUACUUCUGAGUUGGAGAUUACUGAGCAGAACGUCCAGGACAUUUUCUCUGUGGCCAACAUGUUCCAGAUCCCUUCCAUUUUUACCGUCUGUGUCUCCUUCCUUCAGAAGAGACUUUGCCUCAGCAACUGCUUGGCCGUUUUCAGACUCGGACUGAUGCUGGAUUGUGCCCGCCUGGCAGUGGCUGCCAGAGAUUACAUCUGCCACCGCUUUGACCUGCUGACCCGAGACGACGAGUUCUACCAGCUCUCCGCCGACGAGCUCAUCGCUAUCAUCUCCAGCGAUUCCCUUAACAUCGAGAAAGAGGAGUCCGUCUUUGAGGUGGUGAUGAAGUGGGCCACAGCCAAGGAUCGUGAGAACCGGGUGAAUGCCCUUCCGGUGGUCUUUGAGAGCAUCCGUUUCCGCCUCAUGGACAAGGAUUACCUCAAGAACAAGGUGGAGAAGCACGCCUUAGUCAAGUCUAGCCCUGAACUUCUCAAGAAGAUCCAGAUGGUGAAGGACGCCCAUGAGGGGAAAUUCACAGUGUUAAAAAAGACAACCGGGAAGAAAAAAGCGGACAAAAAGGCAGGGGACAACGUCAUAAAUGGAGAUGUCAAUGAAGAGGAGGACAAAGAAGAGGAUGUCCUUCCGGGGAUCUUAAAUGAUACAAUGCGAUUCGGGAUGUUCCUUCAAGACCUCAUUUUCAUGAUCAGCGACUCAGGGGCAGUGGCCUACGAUCCAACGGCAAACGAAUGCUACUUUGCCUCCAUCUCGGCACAGAUUCCAAAGAACCACGUCAGCCUUGUCACCUGUGAGAACCAGGUUUUCAUAGCAGGAGGACUUUACUACAAUGAGGACAACAAAGAGGAUCCCAUGAACUCCUACUUCUUGCAGUAUGAUCACCUGGAUUCGGACUGGCUGGGCAUGCCUCCUCUGCCAUCCCCGCGUUGCCUGUUUGGCCUUGGCGAGGCUGAAAACUCCAUCUUCGUGAUAGGAGGGAAAGAGCUGAAAGAAGGAGAGCAGAUGUUAAACUCGGUCAUGUGCUACGAUCGACUAUCCUUCAAGUGGGGGGAAGCAGACCCCCUCCCUUACUCAGUCUACGGCCACAGCGUAGUAUCCUACGACAACCUCAUCUACGUCAUCGGAGGCAAAGGAAAUGAUAAGAAAUGCUUGAACAACCUGAGCGUCUACGACUUCGGCAAGUUUGAAUGGAAGGAGCUGGCGCCAAUGAAGACGGCCCGUUCGCUCUUCGGGGCCACGGUGCACGACGGCAAAAUUUACGCGGCGGCUGGAGUGACCGACUCUGGUUUGACCAACUCGGUGGAAGUUUACGACAUCGCGGCCAAUAGAUGGGAGGCCUUCACCGAAUUCCCUCAAGAACGCAGCUCUGUCAGUCUGGUCAGCCUCUCCGGCACCCUCUAUCUCAUUGGGGGGUUCGCCACCGUCGAGACAGAGUCAGGAGAGCUGCUGCCCACGGAGCUCAAUGACGUCUGGAGGUAUGAUGAGGAGGCGAAGAAAUGGGAAGGCAUCCUUCGAGAGAUCCAGUAUGCCUCGGGGGCCACAUUUCUGCCUGUGCGGCUCAACGUCAUGCGACUAACCAAGAUGUGAAUUUGCCGAAGCAUCUCCUUCUCUUUUUUCUGA